CUGCCCAUCAGAUUCAAACUUUUGAGAUCUUAGUCUACUGAUCCCACUCCUUUCACUUCAUUGCUCAGGUGAUUGACUGAUUGGUGCUAUAAGGUACUCAUGCUUCCCCGCGAAAAGCGCUACUUUGGGAGGAUUCGGCAGAAAGAUUGUCAUAUUCAUUGGUAGAAAAAUGAUCAUAAUGUCAAAAAGGCCAAGAAGAUUCCAGAGCCAACUUUCCCAUCCGAAUCCGCCACUGUUUAUUAUUUCUGAGACCCCACUUUCAUCUCUUUCAACUUAGGGUUUAGAUUUUCACGCUUCGCCUCUCAUAACCACGACCACCCCAUCGGAAAAUCCCCAACUCGAUCCGUUCACGCUAGAUCUCCGCCGUGAUUUAUAGGGCGGAGAUCGUUGACCAUGACGCACCGCAAGAAGAAGAACAAAAAGAGAUCGCGUCCUCCCAAGGCCCCCUCCAAUGCUGCGACCAACGAAAAACAGCGGCAGCAGCAGCUGUUCAGACAGGAACUGUGCCAGCAAGAGGAAGGGAGAAUCGUUGAUUUGUUGACGAAGGCUGUUGAUAUCUCUCUCGAAAAAGUGGAGUCUGCGUACAAACAAGCCCACGAGGAUCUGAUGAAAACCGUCGAGAUUCUGUUGAGUGGGUUAGAUGGAGAUACCAACAGCGAGGGUCCAGAUCCGUCAACGAGAGAAUCCUCAUCGACUCCUGGGUUGGACUUUACGGAAACUGGUUGCGUGCAGAACGUCAUGACUGGAAGGGGCAAGCAGCCGAGCCGAGUGGUGGCAACAAUGGGGAGGGAGUCAAGGGUGCUUGGUCAAGAGUACGCGAGAGCCAGCACUCAUGGGAGCAGGAAUUACUUGAAGGUUCUUACUGGCUCAGAAGCUAUCUCUCCAACAAGUCCAACAAGUAAUGUGUCGGCUCAGGAAGUAUUGGACAUCCCAAAGAGUGCUGAACAUGAUCCAAGCACUACGAACUGGAGCAAUGUAGUAAAGAAAAGGCAGUCUCGGAGACCUCGGUUUGAUGCUUCUACUUCUACAGUUGCAGAGCGUCAACAAGAUAACUGUGGUUGCACCACCAUGAACGUGUAUGAACUUCUUAUAUUUUAUCUUGGGAUUUUGACAUGCCAGCACAACUUGUGAAUGCCUAUUUUUUCCCCAUUAUUCGUCAAACAUAUGAGUUCUCUUAAGGUUUAAUUGAUGCAGGAGCAUAAAGCGUUUUUUUUUUU